UUUUAUCUAUGCCAAUUUUGCUAUCUCUCUAUGCAAUUCUCAAUGGGAUGGGGAGUUGCUCAACAAUUAUGACUUUCAAAUCAUGAACGUCAUAGGCGGUGGACGGUGAUCAUUCUCAUGACCAGGCUAUUUCGAGCUUCUUCUCUCCCCAUCAUAGGCGGUGGACGGUGAUCAUUCUCAUGACCAGGCUAUUUCCAGUGGUCAUCGGGACGGUACACAGAUCAUCAGUAUCCCUUGGUCACAAAAUAUCAAUUUUGAGAUCCUUUUUCAAGCAGCUUAUCAUCCCGACUGAGAGGGAAAUGGUCCGUGGUAUGAAAGCCGGAGUAAUGGAGGCCGGGAAACAAGGGUUAGGGUUGGGGUUUUCGUUCACAUCAACCUGCAACUCUUCUUUAUCCGUGAACAAGAAAAUCACAAGCUUUUAGACGAUAAUGGCGGUUCGAAUGGCGAGCUCCUACUCUAUCUUACGCUAUGCUUCCCCUCCUUUCUGUGGCUUCCGUCGCGCUCGCGGGUUUAUGUUGCAGAAAAACAUUGAAUUGGCGGUACGGUUUUCAGUGAUGAGAACCAGUUCGUCGAAGAUGUUUAGUGCUCGAGACUAUUCUUCUUUUAGCUUAGUUGAGAUUGUCAUGGAGGAGCUUGAAGCUCUGCGUAGGAGGCCAAAGAGAAUAAGAGCCACUAGCAAGGCAGGGUUAUUGAGCAGCAAGGAGCUGAUUGAAGAUAAACUUGAAAAACGUGUCUUAAGAAAAGGAGUACUGCUUGAAUUUCGGAAAGAUUCAGACAGGAUUUUACUUGGAGUUGCUGAAAAACCUGAUGGAAAGAGAAAUUGGAUGGUUUCUGAUCAGAAUGGGAUUAUGUCUUCCAUAAAGCCUCAGCAAGUUACGUACAUUGUGCCUGGUGUAGAAGACUUCAACCAUUCAGAGAUCCCAGAAUUUAUUUCAAAAACUCAGGAUCUUUUGGAUGCAUCGCUUCUUGAAUAUGCUUGGGAGGAGCUGUUAGAGAAGGACAAGUCAGUGACAGCUGAAGGGUUAGCAGAGAUAAUAUACGGUGGAGUGGACCCACUGGAGAGCUACUGUGCUCAUGUCUUACUGUCAAAGGAUGAGUUAUACUUCAGUGUGUUGGAAUCUAAAGGAUCCUGUUCUGUUUAUGCACCUCGCCCUACCACACAGGUUACUGAGCUCUUAUAUAGGAAACGUGCGAAGGAGGCGUAUGAGAAGGAGCUGGAGGAAUUUGUUCAACUAUUGAAGUCUGCAAAAGAAUUGCAUUUCCAUUCUAAACCUCCGAAAUCCUCAUGGAUGGUGGAUGAGAAUAUCAAACACAGAAUCUUGGCUCUUGAAGCACAUGCUAUAGAUGCUUGGAAGAAUGACGACCAAAAGAAAACUGCUGGAGAGGUACUCAAGGCCAUGGGGUUACAGAAAACUUCAUCUGCAGCUAUAAAUCUCCUUAUAGAUAUCGGAUACUUUCCUGUACAUGUAAAUCUUGAUAUAUUGAAGUUGAACAUCCGUACACUUUAUUCAGAUGAAAUUUUUAGAGCUGCCGAUGAGAUCUUAGCUACUUCUUGUGAUCCGGACAAGUUCAACCGAAGGGAUCUCACAUUCUUGAAGGUCUAUGCAAUUGAUGUGGAUGAAGCUGAUGAGCUUGAUGAUGCAUUAAGUGCAGAGAGAUUGCAAGAUGGUAGAAUUAAAGUCUGGGUUCAUGUUGCUGAUCCAACAUCCUUGGUGGAUUAUGAGAGCCUCGUUAACAAGGAAGCAAUGAGAAGAGGAACGUCCAUAUUCUUACCCACUGCCACCUAUCCCAUGUUUCCUGAAAAUCUUGCCAUGGAAGGGAUGAGCUUGAAGCAAGGAAGACGUUGUAAUGCUGUCAGUGUAUCGGUUAUAUUACAUCCUGAUGGAAGGUUUGCGAAAAUACAAAUUCAUACUGUCAUGUGUAAUAAAAGCAUUGCAGAGUACAUGGUAGAGAACUCUGUAAUCAGGCCUACAUAUAUGAUGACAUAUGAAAGUGCCUCUGAGUUACUGAAUUUGAACUUGGAAGAAGAGACAGAACUGAAAAUCCUUUCUGAGGCUGCAGCUCUUCGUUUACAAUGGCGCCGUGGACAGGGUGCAAUUGAUACUUCAGCAAUAGAGGCACGUAUUAAGGUCAGCAACCCAGAUGAUCCGGAACCUUCAAUCAAUCUGUAUGUCGAAAAUCAGGCAGACCCAGCAAUGCGUCUGGUUUCUGAGAUGAUGAUUUUGUGUGGAGAGGCUAUAGCCACUUUUGGUUCAGUUAACAAUAUACCUUUGCCCUAUAGAGGCCAGCCUCAGAGCAAUAUAUCUCCUUCUGCUUUCUCCCAUCUCCCUGAAGGACCUGUUAGGAGCUUUGCCUAUGUUAAAAUAAUGCGAGCCGCAGAGAUGGAUUUCAGGAAGCCUAUUCGUCAUGGGAUUCUUGGCAUUCCUGGUUAUGUACAGUUUACAUCGCCUAUUCGCCGAUAUAUUGAUCUUCUUGCUCACUAUCAGGUCAAAGCUUUUCUGAGAGGAGCAGCACUGCCAUUCUCAGCAGGACAAUUAGAAGGUAUAGCAUCGCUAAUAAGCGUGCGAGUCAAAGUUGCUAAAAAUCUAUUUAGUAGUAGUUUACGUUAUUGGUUAUUGGAAUAUCUACGAAGACAGCCAAAGGAAAAGAAAUUCAAUGCUUUGGUCCUCAGAUUUAUCAAAGAUCGGAUGGCAGCUUUACUUCUUGUAGAGGUUGGGAUGCAAGCUUCUGCAUUAGUAUCAGUGGGUGUACAGAUUGGCGAUGAAAUAAAAGUUCAGGUUGAAGAAGCUCAUCCACGUAAUGACUUCCUCUCCCUUAAGGAGGCCUGAAAAACCCCAUUAAAGGUCCUGCAAGUGUAACCACUACAAAGAAUUCGGCCCUGUGGAGCUUUAAGAAUUAUGUUGGGCCAUCUUGGAUCGGUAGCAUCAUAAUCCAUUAUUUUGGCAUCCGACCUGCCUCUCUACCUAUCGUUUGGGGGAAGAAAAGAAAUUUUCCAAUUUUGGGUUUUCUCUCUCAUGGAACCCUGGGAAAAAUUCUGGAGGAAAAGGGCAAAUGUGACAUGGAUUGCAGAGACGUGGGGCUAUACUUUUCAAAAGCAGUUUUGGGAAAAAUUCUGGAGGAAAAGGUCUCUCUAGUGAUUCAGCUCGUUUUGUAAUCCCACCUUCCAGUUUUGCAAGUAUACAUGUCUACUUGGAAGGAAUCGAUAUUUGAGCUCAACUAUCAUAGAUGAAUUAGACCUACUCAUUUGUAUAUUGCAGUUGUAAGAAAUAAUGAGUACUUGUUUUAUAUCUUUGCCUAAUGUGUGCAUUAAUUGGGUCUAAUUUUGCAGCUGUUCUGCCUGCUGUAUCUUCA